UUGGAUCAGAUUGGGACACCAUUGCAUUCGCUUGAACACCUUCACUUCUUGCGAGGUUGGCCGACCGAUUUUUUGAUACGAGACUUGCGGGAGUGAGAGGGGCUUAAUUGCCGAUACAUGAUGAGGGUUGUGCACGAAGACACGCGCAGCCCCAAACACCCCUCUGCUUUCCCGUACUCUUUUUUCCUCGCUUUUGUUCGCCAUUUUUUCGAUACCUCUGGAUCCUGGAUUGGUUUUGGACUUUGCGGGAACCCUGGCGUUUUUGUUCUGCUUCUGGAUAUCAGAUUGAUUAGCAAAUUCGCUGGUCGAACGAUCAAAGAGAGCAAACACCAAAAAAAACAUCAGAAAAAAGCCGGUUGCAAAUCAGGAAGAACAAAGCCUCCCAACUAUAACCUCGUCGUCCGAUAUUUCAUCGACAAGAGCACGACACGUCGUUUUCUUUCUGCACUUCAUCAACAUCCAUCUCUGAGACAACCAUGGACCUUGUUUUAUUUUUUAUUUAUUUGGCUUGUCUGCUUUAGCUGGAAUCUUAGCUUCGGGGCACAAGGCAAUGGCCCCUCGGCCUUUUUCUUUUGUUUUUCUUUCCCUUGCGCUUCGGCUCCUGGGGCGGUAACACGAAGAGAGGCCUUGGAAAGCCAAAACCACACAACUCAACUCCCUCAGACUGGAACAGCUGCCGUUCACACAUCGCAACUCUACAGCAAUCUUUCCUUUGUCAGACAAACGGUUCAGGAUGGUCAUGGUUGAAGGCAAAGCACAAAUCUGCCUGCAUGGUUGCUUGUUUUUUCCAGCUGCUGGCGCAAAGAGCUGGCGAUCACUCAUUUGUAAUGACUGAUGAUGAUGACGACUUC